CACGAGUCUCCUCCUCUCUUUCACAGCUCCACGUCCGCUCAUCCACGCACAUGAUCCACAUCUCUUCACUAAGUACAGAUUUGAGACGGAAAGAAAACAACGAUGAGACUUGGCUGAAACUCCAGGUUUGAUGUGUACAGACUCUUGUGUGGUUGAUGGUCUGACGUCACAUUCCUGAUUCUUGAUUUUUGUAGUACCCCUGCCUCUUGAGUUGAGUUCAUCAUGGGGGACGCCGACUCCACCAGCUCCAUGCGUCUAAAGCAGGAGAUCUCACUACUCCAUGGCGUCUGUCUCAUCGUGGGGAACAUGAUUGGCUCGGGCAUCUUUGUUUCUCCCAUUGGUGUUCUGGAGAAAACAGGAUCUUAUGGUCUGUCUCUGGUGGUUUGGGUUAUUGGAGGAAUCUUCUCUGUUUUUGGCGCCCUGUGCUACGCUGAGCUGGGCACAACCAUUCGCAAGUCGGGAGCUAGUUAUGCCUACAUCCUGGAGACCUUUGGGGGCUUCCUUGCAUUCAUCCGUCUGUGGACCUCACUGAUGAUCGUGGAACCGGCCUGCCAGGCGGUCAUUGCUCUUACUUUUGCUAAUUACCUAGUGAAACCGUUCUUCCCCACCUGCCCGGCACCAAAUCAUGCAGUACGGCUCAUAGCGGCUAUCAUUAUAGGUCUUCUCACCUUUGUGAACUGCAUGAAGGUGAAAUGGGGGGCCAUUCUUCAGGUCAUCUCUACUGUGGCUAAAGUCCUGGCUCUCAUAGUCAUUAUCAUUGCUGGAAUGAUUGUGCUGGCCCAAGGAAAAACGGACAACUUUAGGGAUUCGUUUGAGAACUCUAAACUGGAUCCAGGAAACAUGGCUCUGGCUCUGUAUGCCGCUCUGUACUCAUACUCAGGCUGGGACACCCUGAACUUCGUCACAGAGGAGAUUAAAAACCCAGAGAGGAACCUGCCAUUGUCUAUAGCGAUCUCCAUGCCUAUUGUCACAAUAAUCUACAUCCUGACUAAUAUCGCCUAUUAUGCAGUGCUGGACAUGAAUACACUGCUACAGAGUGAAGCUGUGGCUGUGACGUUUGCUGACUAUGUGCUGGGAUAUGCUAGCUGGCUCAUCCCGCUGUCUGUGGCCAUCUCAUGUUAUGGAGGUUUAAACUCCUCUAUCAUUGCCGCAUCCAGGCUAUUCUUUGUGGGUUCGCGUGAGGGCCAUUUACCCAAUGUCCUCUGUAUGAUCCAUGUCAAACGCUACACGCCAAUUCCAGCCCUGCUGUUUAAUGGUGGCAUGUCACUCAUAUUUCUCUGUGUGAAAGACGUGUUCCAGCUAAUUAAUUACUUCAGUUUUAAUUACUGGCUGUUCAUCGGCCUUUCUGUAGGCAGUCAGAUCUACCUGCGCUUUAAAGCACCUGACCUGCCCCGUCCUGUUAAGUUGAGUCUGUUCUUCCCUAUAGUGUACUGCCUGUGCAGUGUGUUUCUGGUGGUUGUACCGCUCUACAGUGACACUAUAAACUCUCUGGUGGGAAUCAUCGUCGCUCUCUCCGGGGCUCCUGUGUAUUACAUAUGUCUGCACCUCCCGCCCAGCUCCAGACCCGCCUUUCUGGGACACAUGCUCGACACAAUUUCAUUGCAAACACAGAAGCUGUGUUAUUGCUGCGUGGCAGAACCCGGUUUGGACCUGGACGAUCCGCCCGAGGAUCACAAAAAAGAAUAAACAAACAUCGGCUCUAAAGGAAGCUGAACCAAGGAAGCCGGAUUACCCAGACUUCUUUGAGAAUAAGCCAACACUCAAGCCUGAACCGCACGUCUGCACCUUCCAGUCUUGAGCAUGCAUGGAAUGGAGCAAUGGAUAGAGAUGGAGAUUAGGAUUGAAAUGUUCAACC